AUGACUCACUUUAGAACGUACCCAAAUGAUAAACAUCGCUCGCCGAACGCCUCCCCCCACCUACCCCAACGAAUCCCUCCAGCACAUACGCACAAACUAUGUCCAGGCCGACAACCCACCAGAUACACAAAACCCUUACUAACAAACACAGGAACCCUGAUGGCCCCGGAAAUCCUCCACAGAGUCAUCCACGGCCGCCCGGAACCAGAACCCUGGCAAAAGGCCAUGCUCUCGUUCAAGCCCGCCAUCCUCCAUGGCUACCGCCGGCACCGCGUCCGCGGAGCAGAUUACCCCGGCAUCGUGCCCUGCCCGAGCAACGGUUCGACAGAAGAAUCGGGCAACGCCGCCGUACUGGGGACCGUCGUCUCGGGGCUGACGGACGGGGACGUGCACCGGUUGGAUAUCUUCGAGGGGUCGGAGUAUGUCAAAGAGAGGGUGCGGGUGCGGGUGCUGGCGGAGUCGUUGAGUGUGGGUGGGCGACAGGAGGCGAGCAUUGCGAAGAACCCGGAUCGGCAUCUGAAGGAUGUGCUUGAUGCGGCCGGGGCGGAGUUUGCGGAUGAGAGGGAGGAGGUGGAGGCGUUGACAUACGUUUAUGUGGCUGGUCAGGAUCAAUUGGAGGAUGCGGAGUGGGAUUUCGAGGCCUUCAAGAGGGAUAAGAUGGCGUGGUGGGUCGGUGCGGAUGAGAGUGAGUGGUGA